CUUUAUUGUUAUGUAGUGAACUGAAGAGUUAAUACCAUGGGUUGCUGUGUGCCGUCGAAAAAAUCUAAGGAGCCGUUACGAUACGAUCCUAACUUCAGCGGCCCGGUCCACAACCGUUCUUGCACGGACAUACUAUGGUUAAUAAUGUUCAUCCUCUUCCUCGGGGCGUGGGGCUACGUUGGACACUACGGUAUGACGAGAGGUAGCGUCGACAAACUAUUAGCGCCUAUUGAUUCAAGAGGACGACGGUGUGGGCUGGACUCCGGCCUUGAAGAAAAGAAGUAUCUAAUCUUUUUCAACAUCGCUAAGUGUUUGGCGCCAGGAACCCCUAUAACCGGAUGUCCGACUACACAAGUGUGUGCAUCGCAAUGUCCAGACAGAACUGUGCUGUUUAAAAAAGAGUUGGAACAAAAUCCCACUGCCUUCGAACAAAUUAAAAUGGAUAUGGUUUGCACCGAAGAUGUGAACAUCCAGACCAUGACGUAUUCCCAAGCGAUGCAAUACAUACAAGAGGAGAAGUGCGCUAGUUUUGUGUUGCAGAGCCAACCAGUUUUGUACCGCUGCAUCGGAGAUCUUUCAACCCUGCAAUGCAAAGACACAUCGAAGACCACUCCAUGGACGGAAAGCAGCGGCGAAACUUGCGUCCGAAAUUCGAAAGACGCCCAGAAAUCCUUGCUCAACCGCGCGACUGCCCUGGACUCAUACGUGGGCUGGAUCACCGCGAGCUGGGUUACAUUCUUCACGAUGAAUGAGCGAGAAACACACGUUUUGUCGUCGAAAAUAGUGCAAGACCUGGUCCAGUCCAGAUGGUACAUGGCCGGAGCGUUGGUCGCUGUGGUAUUGCUUUGCUUCAUCUACAUACUCUUGCUACGUUGGGUGAUCAAACCCGUGGUCUGGCUUUCGAUCAUGGGCCUGUUUGCUGUAAUGGGAUUUGCUAUUUACCUGUGUUACAAAAACUACGAGUACUACAAAGCAAACCCUGUCGGUCUUUACCAAACAACCAACCUGAAAGGAUACUUGCAGUUUAUUUUUGCGAAAUAUGAAGCCUGGCUCGUAAUUCUCAUUGUAUUGGCUGUGUUACUACUUAGUUUGAUUGUGGUAGUAGUAUUCCUGCGAAGUCGGAUAAAUAUAGCUAUAGCACUCAUACGUGAAGGAAGCAAAGCCGUUACAUCAAUAAAAUCCACAAUUUUGUUCCCUAUAUUCUCCUGGAUCUUCCAAUGCGCUAUCAUUGUUUAUGGGAUUUUGGUUCUCAUGUUUUUGCUGUCGGUUGGUGAGUCGGCCUACAGCGUCGUGAACCUGCAAAAUGAUACUUCGUGUAGUUGCGACGGGGUAUACACGGAGGAGGGGGCCCCGUGUAAUCCACUAACAUUCGUAGAGAAAUGCCAUGAUACCAGUUCCGUCAAUGGGCUUUUACCUUGUCAAUUGGCUUCCUGCCAUUUCACCGGCAUCGAGAAUCCAAACAACGUGAUUUAUAUGCAACUGGUCAACGUGUUUGGUUUUUUCUGGGCGAUGUUAUUCAUCAGCGGAGUAACGGAUAUGAUGUUAGCGAGUACAUUUUCAACGUGGUACUGGUCUUACCAUAAGAAUGACUUGCCUUUCUUCGCGCUUACCUCAGGAAUUCAUAGAACGCUUCGCUACCACUUGGGAACGGUGGCGUUUGGAGCUUUAAUAAUUGCAAUAGUAAAAGUUAUUCGAGUAAUCCUGGAAUACAUCGAUCACAAAGUCAAAAAAUACGACAAUCCAAUUUCGAGAUGCGUGAUGUGUUUCUGCAAAUGCAUGUUUUGGUGCUUGGAGAACUUUUUGAAGUUUGUUAAUAAGAACGCCUACAUUAUGUGCGCUGUGCACGGGAAGAACUUCUGCAGAAGCGCCAGUGACGCGUUUUCAUUGCUCAUGAGGAAUAUUCUUAGAGUUGUCGUAUUGGAUAAGGUGGCCGACUUUAUUUUCUUUCUCUCAAAGCUUUUGAUCUCCAUUGGGGUGGGCUUCGCUGUGUACUACCUCCUUGAAUGGAACUACGUGUACGAAGUAACAAAAGGCGAGCGUCUGCACUACAACUACGUGCCUGCAAUCAUACUGAGCAUCGCAACCUACCUCAUAUGCACUAUAUUCUUCAACGUCUACUCAAUGGCUGUAGACACACUGUUCCUAUGUUUCUUGGAAGAUUGCGAGAGGAAUGAUGGUUCCCCGGAAAAACCGUACUUCAUGUCGAAAAACCUUAUGAAAAUCCUCGGCAAGAGAAACAAAAAAAACACAUAAGACAUUCUAAACUGCCAAAGAUAUAGUUUUAAAUACCUAAGUUAAGACAGUUUUCUAAAGUAAUAAAAGUGUUGUGAUAAAUUGUUCAAUUUAUUCAUGACAUUUAAUAUUGUAUAACUUUUUAUAUGUCCUCUACUCUUAUAAUAGUCUGGCCAAAAUAGUUAGGCAACCGAAAAAAGUUUACUGAAUUUUACCUCCCGUAUUCUGUUAUUUGCUAACCGGUGGUGACUUGUCAUUUGUACCUAUACAAAAUUUGCAAUCAAAGCAAAGAGGAUUACAUAGUUGGUCGCCGCGCCGUCAAGGAUCCGCUUUUUAUAAAAACCACCCGUUAUGUAAAGUAAGAUAAAUUAAAGAAAACGGUAGCAGGUUUGAAUAUAUUAUGUGAUAAAUAUGGCAGAAAUUUUUUGACAAAACUUAGAAGUAGUAUACAUAGAGAUAGUCUGGAGCACGCUGUAAGAUUCACCAAAAUUAUAUAGGUACAUUUGGUCCCUGCUUUAGCGAGUCUGAAAUCCGUACCAACCCUAAUAUUCCUAAAAUCUUAACGAAUGUCAAAUGUGUGUCUUUUAAUCUAAAUAUGAUUGAAAAAAUCUACGUUAUUGAAAAAUAAAUAAACCAAUUUGUAUUCUCAACUAAGAGAAUAUUUACUUCGUUAUAGGUUUUUAGAUUUUUGAAUUCAUAUUUUAAUAAAAUAUCAAGAUGAUUUACGCAUAGUUAAAUACCUAAAAAAUUAUGUCAACUUCAAGCCUAUGUUUUCACGAUUGCUUAAAAAAGAAGUGCGAGUGAAGUGUAAUGUUUUAUCAGAUAUAUUGUAUGUAUGUGUUUAAGUUUCUUUAUUCCACACACAAGUUCUAAAUGCCUGAAAACAUUUUGAUGUAGGUAUCGUUAGAAUCCUUACAUUAUCCCAAAAGACACUGGCAUUGAUUAUACAUAAUAUGUUUGAAAAAAAUCAAUAUGGCGGUUGUUUGGCGCCAUUUUUAAACGAAAAAAUUACGAAUUUGUAGUGAUCGGCAAUGUUUCCAAUUUUGUUUUUAAUAACGUAGCUAUCUUCUUGUUCUUUUAGCUGAGUAAAACAAUUUACAAGUGGCAAGUUUACCUAUAUCGUAUGAAAGCAAAACUAAAUUGCGUUUGCUCGCUUAAGAUGUUCUUUAAACAAACGAUGGAGGCUUUAAAAAAAUAAUAAUCAAGAAUAACAAAUCAUAGAUUAGGUUAGUUUAUCGCGAAUUUUCUCAGAAGUGUAGGUAUGGAGCAUUUAUUCUGACAGUUGCUAUUUGUGACCUGUGAUAUUUUCUAUGAUGACAAAACAUUAAUUAAGGAGAAGAAAUCAUAAAUAAUAGUUUUGAUUCGGACUUGACUUGGCGGUUGCACACGAAUUAAGGGGCAGCGGUGCAGUUGGUUUUCCACACAAUUCUCUUUAAUUUCAAAAGAAAGUGAAAUCGUCCGCCGCGCACUAUUUAGUAUUCCUUACCCGAAGGGGAACCCUAAAAACGGGAUUCUGUUACUAAGACUCCGCCGUCCGUUCGUCUGUCUAUCUGCCUUUCUGCCUGUUCGUCUGUCACCAGGCUACUUCUAUGAACCGUGAUAGUCAGACAUUUGAAAUUUUCACACAUGAUGUAUUUCUGUUGCCGCUAUGACAUGAAAUACAAAAAAACAGAAUCACAUAACUAUUUAAGGCACUCCCAAACAACAUUUUUGCCAGGAUUUAGUCUCAGAAUAUUUAGUUAUACAUACUUUAAAUAUAAAUAAUUAUAAUAAAACAAAUAUUUAAGGGUUUUUGUGGCCCUUUGUGUGUCCAUCCGUCUCGCACUUGGCAGUUUUAUUUGUUUUUUCUUAGGCUCUAGCCUUAUACCCUGACAAAAGGAAAUUAUGAGGUUUAAAUAAUAAAUUAAAGCAAAGCCAAAUAAUACUUUAUAGAGAUUUUAGACAUAACACAUAAAUAUCAUAAGGUAUAUAUGAUUAGGUAUAUACCUUAUGACGUAUAUAUUAUAUGAUAUAAUAGAAAUAAUUUUAUGAGAGUUUUUGAAGUACCUACCUACUUUAUUCGUGAUGUUUGUAUACUUACAUGUAUUUUCUUAGAUUUUAUGAUGUAGAUUAUUAUCGAAUGUGCCCAGGAAGGACCUUAUCUAAACCAUUACCUACCUCAUUUUUCUACGUGUUAUACAAUUACAUAUUAUAUUUAUUUUGUGAUUUACUAAGUAUAUCCGGUAUGAUGUUA